CGGGCCCUCGCCUGACGGUGUGGAACUGGUUGGCAGCAGCCUCACAGUUCAGGGUCCUGUGGAGCAUCAGCAUGCCGGCCUGUCCGAAUGCGUCUUCUCCUAUCACCGUCUUAAAACAACGCUAAAGUUUAAUGUCACGGUUAAACCUCAAGUUAUACAGUCCGUUCCUCCAACAGUUUGAGUCGAUUUGCAGACUGAAGAUGGACGCAGGGUGAUUGAGUGGUCAGCAGCUGAUGCCGUUCCUGCAGCCGACAUGUCCUGGCUUCUACCAGAGGGUGUGUCUGGAGUCUCUUGGUUCAUUUUCACUUCUCAUAAUGGAAGCCACUCUGUCAGAGGAGUUUUACUCCUCCCUGCCUGCUCGCCUUGGGAGCUCACUGUGGAGUGUGUGAUAAAUCACCCUGAGUUUGAGGAGCCAGAGAACAGAAGUGUUACCCUCCCUCUUUGCGCACGCCCUGAAAGCACCAUCAACUCCAGCGCCGAGUGGAAAGACGGUGACGGGUUCACUGGGGUGGACUGCUCGGUGCACAGCGUUGCCCCUGCGGCAAUCAUCAGCUGGCGCGUUGGAAACAACAGCAUCAGUUAUGUGUCGGAGACCGAAAUCCAGGCUGAUGGUUCGGUAUCGGCCCGGAGCUCCGCGCGUGUCUGGUCAUCUUUGUAUUCUGGUCAGAAUUUGACCUGCACAGUGGAGCAUCCAAGCCUGGAGGCACCAGAAAAAAGAUCAAUACACAUUCUUGUGGACAAAGCCCUUCUGCUGAGUGUGUCUCUGGUGAGGCAGCAGGACUCUCCUCUCUGGCUGGCAGUGUGCGACUGCACAGGGGAGGGUGUCGGGGGCGACCUCGUCUGGGUCCUUCCCGAAAAUGCCAAAGGCCAAACAUCCCUGCACUCAGAGUAUGAGGGCUUCGUCACUAAAGCCAAACUGACGUAUCAGUUUCCUCUGGCCCUUCAUGAGGGGGAGGACCUGACCUGUGUGUAUCGUUUUGGACGUGGAUUCACAGAGAAAAAGACCAUUCAUGUCCCCAGAUACCAUAUCUUCUCUGUGAGAGUCCCAAACCGCACGACUCCUCUGCAAAGCCGCGGCAGUGGUGUCAUCAUCGCACACAGACUGGCUCUCUGGGAAAAUCAUCACAACCAGAGAGCGCUGAUCCGAGUCGUAGGCAACGUGCCAGACCACAACCUCAUCUGUAAAAGGAGUGACGGCACAUUUGUCCAAAUGGACGGGCUUGCAAUGGUCUUCCAGUCAGAGCUCACGGAGCAGCAUGAAGGCCUGUACAGCUGCCGGGCGUCCUUCUAUCACCACACGGCAACAGUCAACAAUCAAGUGGAGGUCACGAGCGAGGGCCAGCACACUUGCCGCCGUGAUCUGCAUUUCUUCGGCCUCGGCCAUCAUCCCUGUCCUCGUCGUCACCCUCUGGGUGUGCUGCAAAAGACAAAGCUGGACACAAUAUAAGAGUGAGAUGGCAGCUGGGAGGAAGGAGCUCCUGGAGAGGAUCUGGAUCCGUCUCUAACUGAAAGUGCUCGACCGGGAGGACCCUGUUCUCCACCACCAUGCACCUAAUGGUUCCAGGAUGGUUCCCAGUUAUGAGGUGCCCUUGUCAUUUCAUAAAUUCCUUUUUGAUAUGUGAUAUCUCGAAUGUUUCAUUGAUCUCUUCAGGCCAACAGUAAUGUUUCAUUGAUCUCUUCAGGCCAACAGUAAUGUUUCAUUGAUCUCUUCAGGCCAACAGUAUGUACCUGACAAUACUCUGAGCCGGACCCGUUUGUUGAAAAGUAAAAACACAAAUGUACCUUUGUAGUUAUUUUCAAUAGGGUUCUUUAUUUUGUUAUCGUCGGUGCCUCUUCAGUGUUGAUAAGUUCUCUAUGAUCAUUUUGAAAUAAGCACCCGCAGUGUUAUACAAAUGAUGAUAAUGAUAUUAAUUAAUUAAAUUCCCUGUUUCCCCCCUUAUAUUACAGGCAUGUUUUGUUCCCUUGCACCUACAUCUGUCUAUAAUGAUGCAUACAUUACUUUAUGUUCUGGUACGCGAUCAGUAAAGAUAACAAUUGUUUAUGAGUAUAUUUGAAUAAAAUUGGGAACAAUCAUCCUGCACGUUG